AUGGAUCUAUGUAAACAUUCACCAGAUUUCGACCCUAGAUACGACUUGGGUGAGGUUGCAAUAUGCUUAGGAGUGUUGAGAAGCCGAUCGGUCGAUUUUUGCUCUCAGCUCUUCCAACUGUUGGCACCCCACUUGGACAACAACAAUGGUCUCGGGAAGAGAAGACAAGGCGAUCGUCGUCUGACAAAGAGUUACUUUGAGUACAGCAACAUUUUGCGCAUCGUCGCAUGGAGUAGCCCACAGAGAGCCGAUGUCGCAGAAUGGCUUCUGGAUCGCGGAGCUUCUGUCUCGCUGACGGUACAUGGGGAGAGAAGGUUAGUGACAGGCAUUCAAUGUGGAUUUUGGACUCCGCUUGAACGAGCCGUCAAAGGCGGUAACGAGAAAAUCGUUCGUCUACUCUUGGAUCGUGCGCCGGCUCUUGACACUUUUCAGACGACUUGCUGCUAUGAAGAGGCCGCAAAGCAAGGGCGUCUGGACAUAAUGCGCAUGUUAGUUGAGUACAAUGCGCGCGUUGCACCGAGGCUCUCAACGGUGUGUCAUGAGCGGCACUGGAGGUGUACGCUGAUGAUGCAUGCCGUACGGACAGAAAACGAGGGAUUGUGUCGAUAUUUGGCUGAACACGGAGCCUGUGUCAGUGACAGCGCCUUGAAUGUGGCUAUCGAUGAAUCGCUGGUAUCGAUGGUCCAGCUGCUGCUCGAACUAGGGGCCAUCGUUACAGACCAUAAUAUCCAAAGGGCAAAACUCUUGCGACGUCCUCAAGUCAUUGCCUUGCUGGAAGCACACAACAAUGCCAACUGA